AUGUCACAAGGCGAAGGCACCGUCGGCCUCUGUGAGAAAUGGGAUUUCGUGGAGGGAAUGGAGGAGGAAAAGCAGAAGAAAGCACCUAAAGGAGUCCUGUCUCUCCUCACCUCGUCUCCGGAGAGAGCCGUCGCGCUGCUGUACGUGCUUCUGGCCUUCACCUUCAUCCUCUUCAUGGCCCUCACCAUCGUCAGCCUCCGGAGAGUCUCCGCGGCGUGGGAGGCGUUGGAACGCGCCCGGAUGCGGAGUGAGAACAGCCACACCGCGGCGUGGCACAACCUCUCGGAGGUCCAGCGCACCCUCGAUAAACAGUUCUCUGGCGAGCUCAAGGGGAUUCACGGCCAAUUUCUGAACGUGUCGCAAGAAGUGGAGAACGUGCGGUGGGAGGUGACACGGUGCAAAGAAGAGUGUGGGAAGGAGCUGUCCGAUCGCCUCCGCGUCCUGGAGGAGGGCCCCACACUGGAGCAGGUGCUGCAGCAGCUGGCGGAGGUGAAGCGGGAGCAGAGCCGCGCGGCGACGCUCCUCGACGCGGCGCUGGAGGAGACGCGGAACCUCUCCGAAAUCGUCUGCACGAGGGGCCCCGCCGGCUGGCAGCAGUUCGCCAGAACCUGCUACUUCUUCUCCACCACCCCCAAACCCUGGCUGGCAGCCAGGGAUUCCUGCGCUGACUUCGGCGCCCGGCUGGUCGUCGUCGACACCGAGCAGGAAAAUAAAUUCCUGGCAAACCACAUCAUGGCUCACCGGGUUUUCUGGCUGGGCCUGAGCGACACGCACAAGGAGGGCGACUGGCAGUGGGUGGACGGCCGCUCCUUGUCUCUCUC